AUGUCAACUUUUCAUUCAAUUUUUACAUCAACGUCAGAGUCAACAUCACCAGCUAUCAUUAUACCACAAAAUGGCUUGAUAAUUUCCUACUCGGCACUGUUACAUCUUAUUGACACUUUCCAAAAUCAAUUAUUACAACAACAACUUAAAAAACAAGAUGUUGUCUCGAUUGUUUUACCUAAUUCAUUAGAAUUUACUGUUUCAUUUCUUGGCGUUGCCUUGCAAAGUAAUAUCGCAGCACCAUUAAAUCCUGCUUAUUCAGAAGACGAGUUUAAAUUUUAUCUAAAAGAUUCAAAUAGUAAGGUUGUAAUUGUGCCAAAAGGUUGGCUUAAUAAUGAUGGUGGUAAUAAUAAUAAUGCAGCUAUUAAAGCUGCAAAAGCAUUAGGUGUUGGCAUUGUGGAAAUUUCAUGGGAUCACCAAAAUCAAACUAUUAAAUUGGAUUCUGAAAAUAAUAGUAAUAGUAACAAUCAAUCAAAUAAAAUAAUUAUUAAAGCUGAUCAGUCUGAUGUAGCUCUUUUGUUACACACUUCUGGAACUACAGGAAGACCAAAAGGUGUACCACUUACACAUUUAAAUAUUACCACUACAAUGAAAAAUAUCAUAAAAACAUAUAAACUACAAUCAAGUGAUAGUUCAUACUUGGUAAUGCCACUUUUUCAUGUUCAUGGAUUAAUUGGUGGAAUGUUGUCAACAUUGUUGUCUGGAGGAACAGCGGUAAUUCCAUUAAGAUUCUCUGCUUCUCAUUUUUGGAAUGAUUUUUUGAAGUACGGAUGUACUUGGUAUACUGCAGUUCCUACAAUUCAUCAAAUAUUAUUAAAACAUCCACCACCACCUAAUGGCACACCUAAAUUAAAAUUUAUUAGAUCAUGUUCUUCCUCACUAGCUCCAUCAACCCUCCACCAACUAGAAAAGGCUUUUAAAGCACCAGUUCUUGAAGCAUAUGCCAUGACUGAGGCAGCACACCAAAUGACUUCUAACCCUUUACCACCCUUGCCACAUAAACCAGGUUCGGUAGGAUUUGGUCAAGGUGUCCAAAUCUCAAUUCUAGAUCAAGAUGGUAAUACUACUGUCAAGGAGGAGGUGGAGGGUGAAGUGUGUAUCAAAGGAUUAAAUGUUACAGCUGGUUACCUUAACAAUCCAUCAGCUAAUGCCUCUUCAUAUACAAAAGAUGGAUGGUUUAGAACAGGGGAUCAAGGAAAACUUGAUAAAGAUGGGUACUUAUUUUUAACUGGUCGUAUAAAAGAAUUGAUUAAUCGUGGCGGAGAAAAAAUAUCGCCGUUGGAAAUAGAUUCAGUUCUUUUGUCACAUCAAGGAAUUUCCGAGGCAGUUUCAUUUGCUGUUCCUGAUCAACUUUACGGACAAGAAGUUCAUGCAGCUGUUGUGUUGAAAGAAGGAGGUGAUAAAAGUUUAAGUGAGAAAGAGAUUCAAUAUUAUUGUCAGGAAAAACUUGCCAAAUUUAAAGUACCUAAAAAAAUAUAUUUUACUAAAGUUAUGCCAAAAACUGCUACUGGCAAAAUACAAAGAAAAAAUAUUUGUGAAAAAUUUUUUAAAUCUCCGGAAACUAAAUCGGUACUUUAA